GCUCACUCACACACUCUCUCACACACACACACACACACACACACACACACACACAUAAGCACCCGAGAGCUGCCAAAAGAUUGCUCAGCAUUUUGCAGAGACAGAGAGAGAGUCUGAGUCAGACUAUACCUCAAAUUCAAACCCUACUCUGUAGCUUACACUCACACGUGUUGGUAGUCUCCGAGCCAGACAGCAUGUCAGCGUUAAGGAUUGUCCAGGUGGUGUGUAUGGCGGUUUUGGUGAGUGUGGCGAUACCUCAGCUUUAUGACGAGAACAGCGAGGUCAACUACGACACGUACUACAAUGAGAUCGGCGAUGGAGAUCAGAGUGAAGCAGACACCCCCACCACCAGCCCAGCCAGUCCCUGCACAGUUCCUGAGUUCAGCAAGUGGGACAAGCUCUUCACCAUGCUGGAGAACUCUCAGAUGAAGGAGAACAUGCUGCUGCAGUACUCAGACGACAUCGUGAAAGUAGGCCUGCAGUCUCUGCGAGCCGAGGUGCUGGAGAUUGUAGCGCAGAACAGCAGAUCCUGCGCGGCCGCUGUAGAAAGCUCGGCACGUCGGGCCGGUGCGCAUGCUGAGCAGAAACUUCUGCAGGCCCUGGAACAUCUGCAUGAUGCCGUGGCACAUCAUCAGGCACAGUAUGAUGCAACGCUUGGGCAGAUCCUGGAGGCCUCUCGGGAACAGGUGACACAGCUGGAUAAGGUGGAGCAAAACUGCGUACAUGACCAAGUUAAGAACUUCCAGACCAGAGAUGUGGAAAAGGAAGACAGAAGACAGCUGCAAGCCAUCUCUUCUGAACUGCAAAUCAUACAAGAGAAGCUGAGCUUCUUCACAAGAGCCACAGCUGGACAAGUACAGCCGGCAGGUUGCGACAUGGCGCUCUUCUUCCCUAUGCGCUCUCCAAAGAUGCAUGCCGAAGUCAUUCCUGAACGCUCCAUGAAGACUCAUUCUGUCACCGUAUGCAUGUGGAUUAAACCAACCCAAAUGUUCAACAAGACCGUGCUGUUCUCAUAUGGCACUGUGUCCAACCCGCUGGAGUUGCAGCUGCUGCUCAAAGGACGUAGCGCCCACUUCACGGUCGGAGGUGAAGCUCAUUUAGUGGAGGCACGCCGUGCUGCAACUGAGGGAUUGUGGGGACAUUUGUGUGGGACCUGGAGCUCUGAGCAGGGCCUGGCAUCGCUGUGGGUAGACGGCCACAAAGCAGCAAGUUCUCCCGGUGUAGCAGAAGGACACGAGAUUCCUGCCGACGGCGUCACCAUCCUGGGCCAGGAGUACGUCGGUGAUGGUCUGGCCAAGAGGUUCGGCAUCCAGGAAACAAAAGCAGGAGAGCCGUUCACGGGGAAGCUGAGCGGCGUUAAUGUGUGGGACCGCGUCCUGGAUGAGAAUGAGAUUUUGGAGCAGGCACAGGAGGACGGGAUGAGCUGCGGUUCCCGUGGCAACCUGGUGGCCUGGGGCGUGUCUCAGAUCCUGGAGAGAGGAGGCGUCAAACUCAUCUACUAACCGCCUGAUUAAUUAAAAAAAAGCCUGCACCAAAUCUUCUCUCUUUUACACACUCUGUACUACCACACUACCACAUCCUGCAUAGAUCAACAAAACCGACUUGCUUCUAAGGCCAGUGUCUUUUCCAAAAGACAGUGAGAACUGAGUAAACUACGUAAGAACCACAAGAACCAAAGCGUGAGGGAAAAGUCUGCAUUUUUCUGAGUAUAGGGACAAUGUUCUCACUUCGUCAACCCAAAGACAGCCUGUGUAUUCGUAUUGUAUUUAUCCGAAUGUUUACAUUCAGCUAACAAAGUUUUUGUCCCAUAAUCUUUUGAAACUACGUUUUUUUUUUUUUUUAAAUGAAGUAAAUCGUUUUUCAUUUCUUGCUAAAGGAGCUGUGUAAAAUGUUUACAAAGUCUCUUAGGAGACUUUACCUUGGAUCUGUUAAUGUGAGGAAAUGUACUAUACUGUAUUUUUGUUAAUGAAAUGAAAACCUAUAUUGUAUAUAGAUCUUUUUUUGUUUUUCUAUUAAUGAAGGUGUGAAUAGGUGGAGUUUAAUAAAUAAAACUGUUAAAUAUA